GCGGGUUAAGUAGCGCGUCCGCGCCGCGCCCUCCCCCGCUGUUUUUCGCCCCGCAUUCGACUAGAAUACGCCGCCGCAGUUACACGCUCCGCUUGUAAAACGUUGACGCGACAAUGUAGUCGAUCGGCCCGAUAUCCCCGUCCCGAUAUAUACACGGCGCGCAAUUCAGCUCAAUAAAUCUCCAUCAGCGGACGUGCAGCCAGGAGGAUACAAGCUACAAUAGUAGUACGCGAUAGACGUCGGGACGGCUCGAGCGGCAUAAAAAAUGACUGUAUCGGCGGAAGCGGCGAUAACGAGCGAGUUUCUCUCUCUCUCUCUCUCUCUCUCUCUCUCAUGUUCUCCGCCGGAUUUUCUUUUCCUUAAUCUCGUGCGCCCCGAAACGCGCGCGGGCGCGCACACACACAUGUGUGAAAGCGGACUUCUGCACCAAACUGGACACCUUCCUGUGCGCUUUAACGGACCUCACGUACAAAAUGCUGGGCUUAACCGUGAUAUAUGUACCUCUGGAGAGUAGGGAGCUCACCGUGGAGGAGGGUAGCGCCGAUAAGGAGUUGGUGAAGAGACUGGAGGGUAUGGUGGCUCACUGGGACACCCAAAUCAAAAUAGCCCUCUCCGACCAGGAGCAGGCGGCGCCGCGCGAGUUACUGUGCCUCGACGACGAAUAUGGCUUCUGGAUUUAUCGAUAUGACAAUCUCUGCGGUCUGAACCAUCAGCUGCACAACGGCACGGUGCAGCUGAUCGUCGACAUAUUAUUGGCCGCACAGUCUACUUACAUACGUCAGUUCCUAAUGCUGAGGGACGAGAUCGAGCACGGUACGGUCGAGGCGAAGUCGAACAUCGAGUACCUCGGAAUUCUGAAGGACCCCUGCGGUGAAUUGGAGACUUGCGAGACUCCCGCGAGUCUACUUGAACAUCUGCCGAAGAUGAUGCAUCUCUUCAGGACGAUUUGGCUCAAUUCGCCCUACUACAAUACGCGCGAGAGGAUAGGCAACCUUUUCAGCGCGCUCAGUAACCAGAUCAUCGUUUUGUGCAAAGACUUUGUCGACCUGGCGGAUGUGUUCGCCGGGAGAACGAGGAAGAACAUCGACAUCCUCAGGGAGUGCAUCAAACUGUGCGAAGAUUACAAGGACCUCUACUAUAAAAUCGCGAACGCCCACAUCAAUCUCACGUGGCACCCUUGGGACUUGGACGCGGAGAACAUAUUUCGUUACGUCGACGUUUUCAUCGGCAGGUGUCAGGAUAUGAUCGGGAUUUGUCAAGCAAUGAUUGAUUUUGCAAGAUUGGACGAGACCACAGAGAUUUCGAGUCCCAAGUUCAGCGGCACGAAUGGCGAGGAGCGCGAGAGAGUGUGUCAAAAGAUCGAAAGACUCUUCCACGAGGCCUUGCGCAAAAUCGAGGCGAACUCGGCCAAGAUCUUCGCCGUUCACGAUUCCACAUGGCAGGAUGAUAUGCUCGUGUUUCACGCCGAAGUCAGGGAUUUGGAGAUAAUGAUCGAAAACCUGAUAGCCACAGUCUUUAGUAACGUUAACAAUGUGCAGGAAGGGAUCGAGGAUCUGCGCAGCUUCUACAAUUAUUUGAACCGCGAGAACCUGAAGUCGCUGUUCGAGAGCAAGAACACAAGCGUGUGGCAGAUGUUCGCCGAGGAUAUCCAACGGACGAAGCAGGAGGUCCUGCACGAGAGGGAAGAAUAUCCGGCGAUCACGCCGUACUACGCCGGCAGGGCGUUGAAUCUUCGCUUGAAGGGUGACCGCUUGCUGUCGACGCGGAAGGUUCUCGAGGAGGCCGAGUGGAUGCCGUACUGCGGCAUGAGCAUGGAGGUCUAUUGCCAGCAGGACAUCGUCAUCAGAUCCAUCGAGGACGCGGUGAAGAAUCUGUACGCGCAAUGGUUGCAAAACGUCGGCGAGAAUCCGCGCUCGCGACUCGACCGUUUCCUGAUGCGACGCAGCGACGACAGGUCCGGCCUGCUGGAGUGCAAUGUGGACCCUGGUAUCCUGGAUCUCUGUCGCGAGUCGUCCUAUUGGCUCAGCCUGAGAUUCACCAUACCCGUGCACGUGCAAAUAAUAUACGACAAGCAGGAGACGUUACAUUUCACACGAGAGAGCGUCUACGCCGUCACGUUGGCGUACAACAAAAUCAUCAGAGCAUUGUCGCAGACGGAACGUGCGCUGUUUCGCGAAUUAAUUCGGCAGCUCGACCGUAAGAUCAAUCCCGGCUUAACCAAGCUGACGUGGAACACGGAUUACGUGGACUCGUACAUCGAGGAUUGUCUCAACGAAACGACCAAUUUCCAGGAGUUUAUCGACACUUACAAGAACUCCAACUCCGAGAUCGUAAGAAUCAGCGAGAGCAUCUGCGACACUCCCAUGAUCAGGAUAAGGGUUAAUUACACGUACACAUUGCCCGUGCUGGAGCGGGAGCUGCUGCACGUAAGGGACGAGGCGUUCCAGAUCAUGACUCUGAGACUCGACGCGAUAUUUCGGCACGUUAUGGAGAUCUACGGGGGCUUCAAGAGCGUGAUGGAGGAGAGUCGCGCUGAAUGGGAAGAUUAUUUAACGAAAAUCGAUACGGUAAUCGAGCAAGCCAUCAGAUUAUGUUUGGAGAGUUCUUUGACCAUCAUGUACGAAGCCCUUCAUGGCACAGGCACGACAGGACCCUCGCCUCUUCUGCUGGUGCAAGCGGAUAUUAUCGAUAACAAAAUAAACUUCGUGCCGAGCCUCUUGGAAAUAGCUACAGUAAUAGGAAAUAUCUGGAAUAUUUUGCUGGAGCCUUUGAAAGAUGUCUCGCGGCUAGCUAAGAAAUUUAAAAUUCGAUACAAGGGCUUGCCCUUGUCAAAGUUAUACGAGCAGGACAAAGAGUUGAUCGAACUCCAGCAGAAACUCAAUAACGAGGUAAAUUAUUGUUUUGUCCAAAUACAAACCUAUCUGAAGAACUGGGAGCCUUUCAAGGAGAUAUGGGAAGUGAACAAGGAUCUAUUUAUUCAAAGAUAUGAAAAAUUAAAACCAACCGCCGCAUCUUUCGACGCGGAUAUAAACAGAUAUUUCGACGUGGUAGUUAGCGUCCAACUGCAGGAAACGAUGUCGACGGUACACUUCCUCGAUAUAAAUUCCGAUGGAUUGAAAUCCACCAUCAUCGAACAUUGUUCGGUCUGGCAACAAAAGCUCACUGGCCUUUUAUUGCGUAUCACCGAUGGAAUGGUCAACCACGUUUAUCAUUACAUCGCUGACAAUUCUACAGAAAUAACGAAGGAACCGACGGAUCUCAUCAGCAUGCAAUCCGCGCUGCAAUUGUUCGAGAGGCUCACCGCCGAGAUUCCGCAAGAGGAGGAAGAGUUUCCCAAGAUCCUGGAGCAGUACCAAAGUUUGGAAAGGUACGAGAUGCCGCUGACUCCCGAGUUCAGGAGAAGAUUAAAAGACAUCGAGCGUUCUUGGGCGGCUUACUUAGACUUGCUUGCCAUGUGCAAAAUUACUCUUCUCGAGAAGAAGGAAGAGUUUAAGCAAAUAUCGCUGGCUGAUGCGACAAUGUGCCAGGAAGAUGCAUCCUCGUUGGUGCGAAAAUUUAACGAUACCAGACCCUUCACGUCCGAGUGGGAUUCAAAGGACGCCUUGGCUUGGCUGACGAACUUUCGGAAAGAGAUUCACUUUAUAAAGCAACGGGAGAGCCUACUGAAUACGCAGCUGACGUUUUUCGGCAUUAGUCGGCCGGAUUCGAGGGAGCUCGCGCAACUCGAGAAAGAUGUGACGAUGAUCGAAAUGGUGUGGCAACUGACGGACGAGUGGAACGACGCCUGGGAGCGCUACAGGAGCGGAAAUUUCUGGACGAUAGAUACGGAGGAGAUGGACACGACCGCUAAUCUCCUGCUCCGGAAGCUCACGAGACUGUGCAAGGAGCUGAGGGAAAAGAGUUGGGAGAUCGUCGAGAAUACCAGGUCGAGGGUCGACAAGUUUCGGCGCAUGCUGCCGUUAAUCACGAAUCUGAAGAACCCGGCGAUGAAGCCGAGGCAUUGGAGGCGAGUCAAAGAGACGGUCAAUCGCGAUUUCGACGAGACGUCGGACGAGUUCACCGUGGACACGAUCGCCGAGAUGCAACUGCAGAACUUUGCGGAGCAGAUCGACAAGAUCUCGAACGCGGCGACGAUGGAGCUGGCCAUCGAAGAAGGCCUGCAACGCAUCAAGGAGGUCUGGGAGGUGAUGCCGAUCGAGAUGGUGCCGUACAAAGACAAAGGGAUAUACAGGUUGAAGGCAGCCGACGACAUAAUGCAAACACUGGAGGACCACCAGGUGCAGCUCUCGUCCAUGAAGUCGACGAGGUUCGUGGAUCCGUUUGCCCAGGAAGUCGACUACUGGGAACGGACGUUGUCGACGCUCGGCGAAGUUCUGGAAAUGGUACUGGCUGUACAGAGGGAAUACACGUACCUGGACAAUAUAUUCACGAGCGAAGACAUCAGGAAACAACUCCCAAAGGAAACGGACGAUUUUGACAGGAUGACGAGCGAAUGGACCGAGCGCACGUCAAGGAUGGCUGGCUACGGUUUGGCAUUGCCAGCCACUCACGAUCCACCCGGCUUGCUGGAAGUCCUGAACAAACUCAAUGACAAGUUGGAGGCGUUGCAGCGGGCGCUCGAGCAAUACCUGGAGACGAAGAGACGCGUAUUUCCGAGAUUCUAUUUCGUCUCCAACGAUGAUCUACUGGAGAUCCUGGCGUAUUCCAAACGGCCGGAUCUCAUGCAACCGCAUAUCAGAAAGCUCUUCGGCAACAUCAAGUCCUUGAAGCUCAGCAAGUCGGUCACUGGAAAACCCUUCGCCGACGGCAUGCACUCCGACGAAGGAGAAUACAUCGAAUUUAUCGAGCCGAUUAUACUGGAGGGUCAAGUCGAGCAUUGGCUGCUCGAUGUCGAGGCCGCGAUGAGAGCGAUCCUGCGCGAAGUGUUGAGGCACUGUCGGACGGAGCUGCGAAAAACUCUGGCGAAACGCGACAGGUGGGUGAAAGAGUGGCCGGGCCAGCCGGGCAUUACGUCCACUCAAAUCCAAUGGACGAGCGACUGCACGCGGACCCUGCAGCACUGCAAGUUGGCGGACUCGAAGAAACCGUUGAGAAAGUUGAGGAAGAAGCAGAAUCAAGCGCUAGACAAAUAUUCGGAGGCUAUAAGAGGCGAGCUGAGCAAGCUCGACCGGCUAAAGUUCAAGGCCAUCGUCGUGAUCGAGAUACACGCUAGAGACGUGAUCGAGAGAAUGUACAAAAUGAAUUGCAGAGACGUGUCCGACUUCGAGUGGCUGUCGCAGCUAAGAUUUUAUUGGGAGAAAGAUAUCGAGGACUGCAUCGUCCGACAGACAAACACUCAUUUCGUGUACGGUUACGAGUAUCUAGGUAACACCGGAAGACUCGUGAUAACUCCGCUGACAGAUCGGUGUUACAUCACGCUGACGACGGCCCUUCAUUUAUAUCGCGGCGGGAGCCCGAAAGGACCCGCCGGCACCGGGAAAACCGAAACGGUGAAGGACCUCGGGAAAGCGCUCGGCUUCAACGUGAUCGUGCAGAACUGCUCGGAAGGAUUGGACUACAAAAGUAUGGGCAGAUUAUUCUCCGGGCUGGCGCAAUCCGGCGCCUGGGGAUGCUUCGACGAAUUUAAUCGGAUUAACGUCGAGGUGUUGUCGGUGGUGGCGCAACAGAUACUAUCGAUACUGACCGCCCUCGCCCAGAGACUCACGAAAUUCAUUUUCGACGGCGCCGAGAUAGCUCUGGUACACACCUGCGGCAUCUUCAUCACAAUGAAUCCUGGUUACGCCGGGCGUACCGAACUUCCAGACAAUUUAAAGUCCAUGUUCCGGCCAAUCUCGAUGAUGGUGCCGGACAGUGGCAUGAUUGCCGAGAUCAACCUGUUUGGCGAAGGCUUCCAAAACACGCGCACGCUGGCCAGGAAGAUCUUUACAUUGUACUCGCUUGCCCAGCAGCAGCUCGGCAAACAAUGCCAUUACGAUUUCGGUUUACGAGGUAUAGUAACGCUGACCCGCUACGCCGGAAAGAAGAAGAGGUCGUAUCCCAGUCUGCCCGACGAGGAGGUCAUUAUUCUCGCCAUGAGAGAUAUGAACGUCGCUAAACUCACCUCGGACGACCUACCGCUGUUCCUCGAUAUCGUCACGGAUCUUUUCCCUAACGUGGACGUACCGAGCGUGGAUUACACGGAAAUGAUCAGUUACAUAACCAACGAGGCAAUCAAGCUGAAGCUGCAGCCGAUUCCCAUGAUGAUCGCGAAAGUCAUCGAGCUGUACGAGACGAAGGGCUCGCGCCACUCAACGAUGAUCGUGGGCGCGUCCAACACCGCGAAAACCGCGACAUGGAAGAUCUUGCAGAAUACGAUGACGACAAUGAAGAGCGAUGGAAAGCCGGGCUUUAACACCGUUCACGUACAUCCCAUUAAUCCUAAGGCACUAAGUCUCGGUGAACUCUACGGCGAGUACAAUCUUUCCACCGGAGAAUGGCUCGACGGAGUGAUAUCGUCCAUCAUGCGGAAAACUUGUUCCGAGGAUACCGCCGAUGAAAAGUGGAUCCUCUUUGACGGGCCCGUGGACGCUGAUUGGAUUGAGAACAUGAACAGCGUCAUGGAUGACAACAAGGUACUGACGCUGAUUAACAACGAUCGGAUCACCAUGCCAGAUCAAGUGUCGUUGCUCUUCGAGGUGCAAGACCUGGCGGUCGCGUCUCCCGCGACCGUCUCCAGGGCCGGUAUGGUUUACAACGAUUACAAGAACCUCGGCUGGCGGCCGUACGUCGACUCGUGGCUGCGCAAGUACGACGCGACACCCGAAUUCGUCGAGGAGAUGAAUCAGCUGUUUGAGAGCCACGUUAACGACGCGCUGGAAUAUAAACGGCAGUAUUGCGAGGAGAUCGUGACCGUGCCGGAAUUGAACGCCGUCCAGUCGCUCUGCAAACUGCUCGAGGUGUUCGCGACACCGCAAAACGGCGUGGAGCUGGGCGAAGACCGCGACGCUUACUCCGUCAUAUGCAAGAUGUGGUUCUUCUUCUGCAUGAUAUGGUCGCUGUGCGCCGCGGUCACCGAGGAGGGUCGUCAGAAGAUGGAUAAUUUCGUAAGGGAGAUCGAGAGUUCCUUUCCGUUACGGGACACGGUGUACGACUACUUCGUGGAGCCACGGCUGCGUGCUUUCAUUCCGUGGGACGAGAAAUUGUCGCCGACGUGGAGGUUUCCGUCUGGAACGCCGUUCUACAAGAUAAUAGUGCCCACCGUAGACACGGUACGGUACGAUUACGUCGUAAGUUCUCUCCUGUCGAAUGGCUUCCCGGCGCUCGUUGCGGGCCCGGUGGGUACGGGGAAAACGUCCACCGUCCAUUCGGUGCUCGGGCUCCUGGACGAUGUAGAAUACGCUGUUCUUCUUGUAAACAUGUCCGCGCAAACUACGUCCAAUAAUGUGCAAGUGAGGCUCCAAACAUAUAUACGUCAGGCGAAUACUAGACCUGAGCGCAGAAUGAAUACUCGAGACGACGAUUCCCCCUCGUUCCAGGACAUCAUAGAGAGCAGGAUGGAGAAACGAACGAAAGGCGUUUAUAUUCCCAUGAACGGCAAGACCAUGGUCGUGUUUAUGGACGACUUCAACAUGCCGAUGAAGGAUACGUACGGGUCGCAGCCGCCGUUGGAACUGAUUCGCCAAUGGAUCGAUUACGGAUUCUGGUACGAUCGCCGGAAGCAAACGAGGAGGUACAUCCAGAAGAUGCAGCUGGUAGCGGCGAUGGGGCCGGCCGGUGGAGGUCGCAACGUCAUCACCGAUCGAUUGCUCACGCGAUUCAACGUCAUCAACAUGACUCUCCCGGCCGAGAAGCAAAUCGUCAGAAUCUACGGCACGAUGUUGAAUCAGCAACUCUCCGAGUUUCACUCCGAGGUGAAGGGAAUAUCGAACGACAUCACGCUCGCCUCGAUCAAUCUGUACGAUCGCGUGAUCCAGAAGAUGCUUCCCACCCCGACGAAGAUACAUUACUUAUUCAAUCUGAGAGAUAUCUCGAAGGUCUUCCAAGGACUACUGCGCAGCCAUAAAGACUAUCAGUAUUCGAAGCAGACUUUCCUACGAUUGUGGGUUCACGAGAGUUUCCGAGUUUUCUGCGAUCGACUUAUUGACGAGAAGGACAGAGAGUGGUUCGUGACUCAGCUGAAUGAUCAGCUCGGGAGGCAUUUUGAGUUGACCUUCCAUAACGUCUGCCCGGAGAAGAGAUCUCCCAUUUUCGGUGGUUUUAUGAAUGCCUGGAAUAUAUACGAGGAGCUGUCAGACAUCAGCGCCGUAAGGCGCCACGUGGAAGAACAGAUGGAUGAGUAUAAUGCCUCGCCUGGCGUGGUGCGCCUCGAUCUCAUUCUGUUCCGCGACGCGAUCGAGCAUAUAUGUCGCAUCGUUCGCGUGAUAUCGCAGCCCCAUGGCAACGUGCUUCUGGUCGGAAUCGGCGGUAGCGGUAGACAAUCGCUCUCGCGUAUUGGCAGUUACAUGUGCGAUCUGUACACCUAUCAAAUCGCCGUUACGAAGCAAUACAGGGUGCCGGAAUUUCGCGAGGAUCUCAAGACUCUGUACUCAAUAGCCGGGGUGGAGAACAAACCGACCAGUUUCCUCUUCAACGACACCCAGGCAGUAGAGGAGCAAUUCCUAGAGAUUGUCAACAAUAUGCUGAGUACUGGCGAAGUGGCUAAUCUCUACAAGAGCGAGGAAAUGGAGGACAUUAAAAAGAGACUAACAAAGGAAGUAACGAAGGCUGGAAAGGUACCAACGACCGAGACGGUGCACUCCUUCCUGAUGGAGAGGGCGCGUGCCAAUAUGCAUUUGAUCCUGUGCAUGAGCCCGAUCGGCGAUGCCUUCAGGAACAGAUUACGGCAGUACCCUGCCCUGAUCAAUUGCACGACCAUCGAUUGGUUCCUGGAAUGGCCGAGAGAAGCUCUCCUCGAAGUUGGCAACAAGUUCCUCAUGAAUCUCAAUCUGACGCUCACUAUCACCGGCGAAAAUAAAGUGGAACCGCGGCAAUCCGCGACGGCUGUUCCAUUGCCGCCGCUGCAGGACCGAAUGCGCGAUGGAAUUGCGGCAUCAUUCUCUUUGAUCCACGACACAGUGUCCCGCUUCUCUCGCAGAAUGGCCGCUGAAAUGAAGCGUUACAAUUACGUGACUGCCGUGAAUUUCAUCGAGCUGGUGCUUGGCUAUAAAGAGAUGUUGGCGGAGAAGAGACAAGAUUUAGCAGAUGAAGCGGACAAACUUCGCGGCGGUCUGUCGAAGAUCGACGACACCCGGGUGAAAGUUAAAGAAAUGGCGGCGGAGCUCGAAGUCACUCAGCAGCAAGUUCAUAAAUCUACGCUGGAGUGCGAAGAAUUCCUCGUAACGAUAGCAAAACAGCGCAGCGACGCCGAUGAAGCGCAGAAGGUGAUCGCGUCCAAGUCGCAUCGUAUCGCCGAAGAGCAGAAGGAGUGCAAGAUGCUCGAGGAGCUCGCACGAGCUGACCUAGCGACCGUCGAGCCCGCACUGAACGAGGCCAUCAAGGCGUUGGAGACUUUGAACAAGAAGGACUUGGCCGAAAUAAAAUCCUUCACCCAUCCGCCGCCGAAGGUAGAGAUGGUAAUGGAAGCCGUGAUGAUCCUGAAGAACUCGGAGCCGACGUGGGCGGAAGCGAAGCGCCAACUCGGCGACGUAAACUUCAUUAAUACGCUUCGAGACUUCGACAAAGAUCAUAUAUCGGACAGAGUUCUGCGAACAAUAGCCAAGUACACGUCCGAUCCCGAAUUCGAUCCGGCGAAGGUCGGGCUGGUGUCUGUUGCAGCCAAGUCACUUUGCAUGUGGGUGAUCGCCAUGGAAAAGUACGGCAAGUUGUACAGGAUCGUGGCGCCGAAACGGGAGAAACUGCAGGCCGCUCUGGAGUCGCUGAGGCAGAAAGAAGCGGCCUUAGAGGAGGCGAUGCAGCAACUGAAAAACUUACACGAAGAGCUGGAGAGAUUACAGCAGAUGUACGACGCGAAGAUGAAAGAAAAGGAAGAUUUGAUUAGGCUGGCUGAGCUGUUAAAGCUCAAGCUGGAGCGCGCGGGGAUGCUGGUGGACGGCCUUGUCGAAGAACGAAUUCGAUGGCAGAACACAGUGGCGUCGUUGACCGAGUCCUUCGAUCGGUUGCCGGGUGACUGCUUGAUAUCCACCGGGUUCGUGUCGUACCUGGGUCCGUUUGUGUCUAAUUAUAGGCAGGAACUAAUGAGCAUCUGGUCGAAGGAGAUGCUGGACAGAGAGAUACCGAUGUCGCGGAAUCUAGACGUGAAGGAGUUCCUGGUCGAUGCGCCGACAAUCAGAGAGUGGAACAUUCAGGGAUUACCGUCCGAUGGGUUUAGCACGGAGAACGGCAUCAUAGUGACGCGAGGAUCGCGUUGGCCCCUCAUAAUCGAUCCGCAGUGUCAGGCGGUGAAGUGGAUCAAAAAUAUGGAGGCGAAGAACUCGCUGAAGGUAAUCGACUUUGGCCGAGCGGACUUUACGAGGGUCCUGGAACAAGCGAUUCAGUUCGGGAAACCAGUACUGCUCGAAAAUAUCGGAGAAACCCUUGAUCCGGUCUUAAAUCCGAUUCUGCAAAAAGCUUUCGUUAAAUCAGGCGAUCAGGUGCUGAUGAAAUUUAACGACAAGUUCAUCACUUACAAUGAUCAAUUCCGGCUGUUUAUGACUACGAAACUUUCGAAUCCCCACUACGCUCCGGAGAUAUCUACUAAAACGACAUUAUGCAACUUCGCCAUUAAGGAGGAGGGACUCGAAGCGCAACUCCUAGGCAUCGUGGUCAGGAAAGAGAAGCCGCAGCUCGAAGAGCAGAAAGACAAUCUGGUUCUUACGAUCGCGUCCGACAAACGAAAACUCAAAGAACUGGAGGACAAGAUACUUCACUUGCUCAGCGCGGCAGGAGGAGCUUUCCUAGACGAUCCAGACUUGCUGAAUACUCUGCAAACAUCAAAGGCAACAUCUAUCUCCAUCCAAGAAUCUCUGGUCGUUACCGAGCAGACGGAGAGGGAGAUAGAUCGAGCGAGAGAGGAAUAUCGACCGUGCUCGAGACGCGCCUCGGUCCUUUUCUUCGUCCUGAACGACAUGAGCGCUAUCGAUCCCAUGUAUCGGUUCUCCCUUGACGCUUACAACGCGUUGUUUACGCUGUCCAUCGACAAGAGUCCCAAAAGGCUGAAGUUACACGACAGGAUCGACAGCUUGAACGAUUAUCAUACGUACGCGGUGUACAGGAACACGUGCCGGGGUCUGUUCGAGCAGCACAAGCUACUCUUCUCUUUCCACAUGUGUGUCAAGAUAUUGGAUGCGCAGGGUAAGAUCAUCCCAGGAGAAUACGCGUUUCUGCUUCGCGGCGGAAUCGUGCUGGACCGGGAAAAUCAGCCGGACAAACCCGUGCUGUGGCUGCCGGAUGAAACUUGGGACAACGUCACGGAACUCGACAAGCUGCCCGGAUUUCACGGAGUCGUUUCUUCUUUUGAACAGUUCCCGCGAGAUUGGCACAAUUGGUACAUCAGCACAGAGCCGGAAGCUAUAUCGCUAGUCGGCGAAUGGGAGGAGGGGUGCACCGAGUUCCAGAAAAUGUUAUUCAUUCGCAGCUGUCGACCUGACAGAAUAUCUUUCUGCAUCACAAGCUACAUCGCGCGCAAUCUCAGCCAGAAAUUCGUGGAACCUCCUGUACUUGACCUAAAAGCAGCGUUGGAUGAUUCCAUGGCGAAGACACCAUUGAUAUUCGUCCUUUCGCCCGGCGUGGAUCCCACGAGCGUGCUCACGCAAUUAGCCGAUAGCCAGAACAUGACCAGUCAGUUCAUGACGUUGUCACUGGGCCAAGGACAAGCGCCCAUCGCCACGAGUAUGAUAGAGAUCGGCGCCAAAGAGGGGUCUUGGAUAUUUCUCGCGAAUUGCCAUCUCUCGCUCAGUUGGAUGCCCGAGCUGGAUAAGAUCGUGGAGACUCUUGGUUCCAGCCAAACUUUGCACCCGAAAUUUAGAUUAUGGCUUAGUUCGAGCCCGACUCCUCAGUUCCCCAUAUCGAUCCUCCAAGCCGGGAUAAAGAUGACUACCGAGCCACCGAAAGGAUUAAAAGCCAACAUGAAGCGCCUUUACGGCUUAAUCACCGAAACUCAGUUCGACCAGUGCCAAGAAAAGUCUAAAUAUAAAAAGCUGCUGUUCACGCUGGUCUUCUUCCAUUCUAUUCUCCUAGAGCGAAGGAAGUUCCGACAGCUCGGUUGGAACGUUGUCUACAGCUUUAACGAUUCCGAUUUCGAGGUUUCUGAGAACCUGCUGCAAGUUUACCUGGACGAAUAUCCAGUCACACCGUGGGAAUCUAUGAAAUAUCUCAUAGCAGGUGUUUGCUACGGUGGUCACGUGACCGACGACUGGGAUCGUCGGUUGUUGAUGACAUAUGUCCAGCAAUAUUUCACGGAAGAGGUCCUGACUACUCCCCAUUAUCGUUUGUCAUCACUACCCACCUAUUACGUGCCUCGUGACGGUUCCUUAGAGUCCUACCGUGACUUUAUCGCAAUUCUGCCGAACGUGGAUAAACCGGAAGCGUUUGGUCAGCACCAGAACGCAGACAUCACUUGUCUGAUAAUGGAAGCUAGGAACAUGUUCGAAACUCUCAUGAGUCUUCAGGUGCAAGCAGCAGUCAGCGUCGAGAAAGACGAGGAUAAAGAGGACAAGGUGACGCAUCUCGCGUGCGACAUUCUCGCGAAAAUGCCGCGGACGAUCGAUUACGAGGCGACCGAGAGGCUGAUAGGACCGAAGAAGACGCCCCUGGACGUGGUGCUUCUUCAAGAGAUAGGACGGUACAAUGCGCUCCUGACAAAAAUCCGCGACAGCCUCGAAGAACUUCAGCGUGGCAUCAGAGGGCUCGUGCUGAUGUCACCAGAUCUCGAAGAAAUCUUCGCGUGCAUAUACGAGGGCAGAGUGCCGUCUCUAUGGCUGACCGCGUAUCCGUCUUUGAAACUGCUCGGAGCUUGGACGAGGGAUCUAAUCAAUCGAGUCGAGCACUUCGCCAAUUGGGCUCAAACCACUCAUCCGCCGUUGCUCUUCUGGUUAGCUGCGUAUACAUUUCCGACUGGAUUCCUUACUGCGGUACUACAAACUUCGGCGAGACUGUGGAACGUAUCUAUCGAUUCGUUGUCAUGGGAGUUUACUGUCUUCUCAACGGACGAGUCCGCUAUAAUCGAGCCGCCCAUGGACGGCGUAUAUAUACGCUCCAUUUUUCUGGAGGGCGCUUGCUGGGACAAAGAGAACAACGUACUCGUCGAGCCCGCACCCAUGCAACUUAUCUGCAACAUGCCGGUGAUCCAUUUCCGUCCAGUCGAGAAAGUCAAAAAGAAAGUCAAAGAUAUCUACAAUUGUCCUUGUUAUUAUUAUCCGCGAAGAAGCGAUCAAUUGAAAUCCGCGUUCGUGGUCGCUGUGGACCUCAAAGCCGGACUGCAAGGUUCGGACUUCUGGAUUAAACGAGGCACCGCACUUCUGCUGAGUCUGGCUGUGUAGAUUUUUGUAUGUUAAUUCGUGAUUCGCGAGACUCGGUUUGUCUUUAGCAAUAACACCAGCGCGUAAUAACUUACAUCGAGAAGAUUUUUUCUAGAAUAGCUUGUCCUUCUGUUUUUUUUUCUUUCAAGCAUGUUUCGUUCGUGUUGCAGAGGUAAUUAACGGAUUUACGUAAGGUGUAAUGUGUGGCGGA